ACAUUGCAUUGUGUCUGAAAACCCAAAAAUAUUAUUCGAUAGCAAUGUCUCUUGCAACCACAAUAAUCGUUCUUUUUCUUCAAAUCAGUUUAUGUUUUCUCUUCACGACCACAGCCUCACCACCUCACGGCUUCACCAUGGACUUGAUCCACCGUCGCUCCAAUGCUUCUUCUCGAGUCUCUAAUACUCAGUCCGGAUCAUCACCUUACGCUAAUACCGUCUUUGAUAACUCCGUGUAUCUAAUGAAACUACAAGUCGGUACUCCUCCUUUCGAGAUCCAAGCUAUCAUAGACACUGGAAGCGAGAUCACAUGGACACAAUGUUUGCCUUGUGUUCACUGCUACGAACAAAACGCUCCUAUAUUCGACCCUUCGAAAUCCUCAACCUUCAAGGAGAAAAGAUGCGAUGGCCACUCUUGUCCUUACGAGGUAGAUUACUUCGACCAUACCUACACCAUGGGAACCUUAGCAACCGAGACAAUCACACUCCACUCCACUUCAGGGGAACCCUUUGUGAUGCCUGAAACCAUUAUUGGUUGUGGCCACAACAACUCAUGGUUUAAACCUAGUUUUUCGGGCAUGGUUGGUCUAAACUGGGGACCUUCAUCGCUCAUCACUCAGAUGGGCGGUGAGUACCCAGGUUUGAUGUCUUACUGCUUUUCUGGUCAAGGAACUAGUAAGAUCAAUUUUGGAGCGAAUGCUAUUGUGGCAGGAGAUGGGGUUGUAUCAACCACUAUGUUUAUGACGACGGCGAAACCAGGUUUCUAUUACCUAAACCUAGACGCGGUCAGCGUUGGGAACACCCGCAUUGAGACAAUGGGGACAACGUUUCAUGCCUUAGAAGGGAACAUAGUUAUAGACUCUGGAACCACUCUCACGUACUUUCCAGUGAGCUACUGCAAUCUAGUAAGACAGGCAGUGGAACACGUUGUGACAGCGGUUCGAGCAGCUGACCCGACCGGCAAUGACAUGCUUUGCUACAACUCGGACACCAUAGAUAUCUUUCCGGUGAUCACAAUGCAUUUUUCUGGCGGUGUUGAUCUUGUCUUGGAUAAGUACAAUAUGUAUAUGGAAUCGAAUAACGGAGGAGUUUUUUGUCUGGCUAUUAUAUGUAAUAGUCCAACACAAGAAGCUAUCUUUGGGAACAGAGCACAGAACAAUUUCUUGGUGGGUUAUGAUUCUUCUUCACUUCUGGUUUCUUUCAGUCCCACCAAUUGUUCUGCAUUGUGGAAUUGAAGAAACAAACCCUAGAGAGUCUCUUUUCUAUCUUUAUUAUUAUUUUCAACUUCAGUUUGUUUGGUUAACUUCAGUUUGUUAUUUA